AACAUAUUCGAAAGAUGUCGGCGACCAGAGAAAAAGAUGGUCGACCAGGGAAACCUUCAGGAAAGGAAUCUCAACCUUUGAUUAUAGCCAAAACUCCGGCAGAGGAGCAGCGCCUUAAAUUGGAGAGAUUGAUGAGAAACCCUGAUAAACCUGCUCCUAUCCCAGACCGACCAAAAGAAUGGAACCCUCGGGCUCCUCCGGAGUUUGUGCGGGAUGUGAUGGGCUCCAGUGCAGGGGCUGGCAGUGGAGAGUUCCAUGUGUACAGACACCUUCGCAGGCGAGAGUAUCAGAGACAGGACUUCUUGGACAAGAUGACUGAGAAGCAAAAGAUGGAUUUAGACUAUCUUGACAAGGUGUCAGAUAACCAACAGGCAGCUGAUGAAAGAACAGCCAAACGCAGGAAGAAAAGGGAAAAGCUGAAGCAGAAGAAGCUUAUGGCAAAGAAAGCCAAGCAGGAAGCCAACAACGUUGAAGAUUCUGAGAAGUCCUCCUCCAGCGGUGAAGAGGACGACCAGGAGAGGGAGGCUGAGGAUGAUGCAGAGGCGCCCAGCUUCGUCAUGGGGAAGAGGUGAAUGCCUGCCACCGGGUCAUGAGACACGCUUCAGGAAGAAAUUGAACAGGGGGGUCAAUAUCGAAUACCUGUUUAGAAAUUAACACAGCUGAGCAACACAGCCCAGCUUUUAUCAAUGUUAUGAACUCCAUAGACAUCUGAGAGAGAACAAAGGGAGAUGAGCCUCUGUUAGGGAACUGACAUUCUUCCAAACUCAUGUUUAUAGUUUAGAGCCAUGUUACCUGGCCCUGGUUCCCGGGUACCGCCAACAGUACACAUUUUUUGUUGUAGCCCUGGACAAACACACCUCAUUCAACUCAUUGAGGGCUUGAUGAUUAGUUGACAAGUUGAAACAGGUGUGUUUGUCAAGGGUUACAAGAAAAAUGUACUGUUGGGGGUACUCAAGGAACAGGGUUGGGGAACACUGGUUUUAGAGGACCUCGUUCCAAUUCAGUGAAUCGAGGUUGACAAAGCUGGGUUUCGCAUUUAUUAGGCACCAAACGGAAGAAAACUGACUGAAACAGGGAGGGAAUACCUGAACUUGAAAUGCUCCUAUAAGAAAUACAUAUUUUGGUUUUCUGUUGCAAAACCUUUUGCUACAGUGUGCCCUAAUGAAUGCAAUAAUACAGGUGUCUCAUUUGAAACAUUUUCCUUUUGUGUGGUAGUAUAAUUGCUCACUUGUUAAUUUUUUUAUACUGUACUUGUGUAUAUAUUUUUAAUAAACAUCUGGGAAGAAUAAGGCCUA